AUGAACUAUGCCAACUACGGGUUCGACCCGCAGCAGCAGCAGCAGCAGCAUCCCGCAUUAGACACGUCGUUUGCGAACAUGUCCUUCGCGGCGGUUGAAAGCCGCGGCCGCCCCAGUGCCGGUGCCGGGGGAGCGCCAGUACAGGAUACACUGCUGGCAGAUGACGUGCGGCUCGAGCUUGCGAUCAGGAACACGCAGAUCGACUCGCUCGAGGCAGAAGUGCAGACACUCAAGAGGCUGCUCGGGCAGACCGGCUCGCGGCCCCGCGGGUCCGCAUCGGGGCCCUCGGGGGAGUCACAGUGGGUCCCUAGCUCGCUGGAUGAUGUUGUGAGAGGGCUCGCGGAGCAGGUUGCUGCGCGUAACAAAGAGCUACAGAGCACGAGGGAGACGCUGGAGAGUGUGCUCACCGCAGUGGCACUCAACCCGUCGAAUUCGGUCACCAAGACGGGACGGUACGACGUGGAGGCCGUGGCACAUAAGAUGGUCGUCAGACUCGAGUUGCUCAAUAGGGAAAACAAAGAGAUGGCAAAGAUGCUCUCCUACGGCAGGGCCAAGGAAUUGCAGGUCGAGUUGAACUUGGCACGGAAAGAGGCGAACGAGCUCAGACGCGAGCUGGACGCUCUCAAGAAACAAUGA